AAAAUGUGUGAUAACUUCAAUGGCAAGCGAGCACUGGUUACCGGUGCCGGUAGAGGCAUUGGCCGCGAAAUUGUCAAACAGUUGGUUGCGGCCAACGCUCGGGUCGUAGCGUUGAGUAAAACACAAGAAAACUUGGAUAGUCUUAAACAAGAGUUGCCAUCAAUUGAGACGGUUUGCUGCGAUAUCGGUAACUGGGAUGAGACCAAAACAAAAGUCGCUGCAAUCGGUACCGUAGACCUGCUGGUCAACAAUGCGGCCUACGCUGCACUCACACCAUUGGGAACCAUUGAUGAGGCCAUUGUCGACAAACAUUUCAACAUAAAUGUCAAAUCGGUGAUAAACAUUACACAGAUAGUGGCCACUGGUAUGAAAUCGCGGGGAACGGGCGGUUCAAUAGUGAAUAUAUCGUCGGUAGCCGGUAUGAUAGGCAUACGCGACCAUCUGGUAUACGGUGCGACCAAAGGUGCACUGGAUUUGAUGACGAAAGUAUGGGCACUGGAAUUGGGCGCCGAUAAUAUACGGGUCAAUUCGCUGAACCCGACGGUAACACUGACAGAAAUGGGUUUGGUUGGCUGGUCUGAUCCGAAAGUCAGAGACCCGUGGCUGGCCCAGCAUCCGAUGCACCGAUUUUGUAAACCACAGGACGUGGCCAAUACUGUACUGUAUUUGUUGUCCGAUAGAUCCGAUAUGAUUACCGGCACUAUAUUGCCCAUCGAUGGCGGACUCACUUGUGUUUGAUUGAUAGAUAGAUUGAAUUAAUUAGUAUUUUUUAUAUUAAUUUAGUAAAAUAUAAUAUAAUAAACCCAACA